AAUUGCCGCUUGGGUAAUUAGGCGCACAAUUCUCCAAAAUUUAACACUAGAGUGAGCCGCAGUCUAUGUUCAGUAAUUUCUGGUAAAAUUUUACGAGAACAUCUUUGGUUGGUGGUUAGUGCCGUAAAUUUAAUUUUUAAAGCAAAUUUUGCUGUUUUACUCUAAACACCGGUCGUAAACAUGAACGCGCCGCCAACCUUCGAAUCAUUCUUGCUUUACGAUGGCGAAAAAAAGAUAAUAAGGGAACAGGAUACGAAAGUGCCAAAUGCUGCUAUUUUUACCGUUAACAAAGAGGACCACACUCUUGGAAACAUGAUCAGAAAUCAGUUGUUGAAGGACCCGAAUGUGUUGUUUGCUGGCUACAAGUUGCCACAUCCUUUGGAACACAAGUUUGUACUUAGAAUUCAGACGACGUCAGACUAUUCACCACAAGAAGCUUUGACUAAUGCUAUUACUGACUUAAUUUCUGAGCUGUGUUUGUUUGAGGAACGUUUUAAGGAGGCAAUUAAGGAAAAGAAGGAAGGCUUGGAUUAGAUUUAAAAAAGACGAGUAUUUAUUAUUUGUAUUGUAAGAUAAAACAAUAAAUAAUUUUUAUAACAAAA